AUGCCCGUCAACUAUAAUUUAUCUAUCUCCACCUCCAGGCCAUGGACCUUUAUUAAAUUGUUUUUCAAAUGGGAGGGGUCAGUUUGGAAGGCGGUAUGGAUGCAAUACUUCGUUUGGUUGUUGUUAUAUUUUCUAUUGAGCGCCUACUAUCGUUGGGCGAUGAGCGCCGAGCAGAGAAUUAUUUUUUCACAAAUUGUUUUAUACACGGACAAUCGUAUGAAGUACUUUCCGCUGUCCUGGAUGCUUGGGUUUUAUGUGACGGCUGUAAUGGCAAGAUGGAAAUAUUUAUACCAUAUUAUUGGAUGGUUAGAUAAUACCGCGUUAAUGGUAGCCAUGUAUGUGCGUGGGACUAGCGAACGGGCGAGGAUGUAUCGGAGACAAAUCGUUAGACAUUGUAUGAGUACACAGGCAUUAGUAUUUCGUGAUCUAUCAGUCAGAUGUCGAAAAAGAUUCCCAACUCUAGAUACCCUCGUCGCAGCAGGCCUAUUCACACGUCACGAAAUGGAUGUAUUCGAUGAGAUUCAAUACCGCUAUGCUAGAUACUGGGUCCCGUUUCAGUGGUCCUGGGCGGUAACUUACAAUGCUUGGAAAGAAGGCUUUAUAGAAAGCCCAUACUAUCAGCAAGUCAUUUCCGAGACAAUCAAAGAAUUCCGUACGGCCCUCGCCUGGUUGUGCAAUUAUGAUUGGUGCCCACUUCCGAUGGUCUAUCCAACCAUUGUGUGCUUUUCAGUGCAUAUAUAUUUUCUCGUCGCAAUUGUGGCACGUCAGUAUGUCUUGGAAAGUGAAAAUUUUGAUAUGGCGCUGAAAAUUGUGGACGAAGGAUAUGGUAAAACGCCAUAUUUGGCGAAGGACAAUUUUUGGGAUCAUGAAUGGCAGCCAAUG